GUUUACAGAUUUUGUAGAUAGGAUCAAUUGAUUAGUAUAUUUUAUAAAAUCAAUUGAAAGUACGAUUUUCGAUAUUUUUCUAUAAUGGCUUUACCACUCAAACCACAAAUUACUAAAAUUUUGGAACAAGACGUUUGUAAGUUGACACAUCUUUGUAUGUGGAAAAAAUUCGCAUCUGGAUCGACUGAUAAUAAUAUGAUUAAAGGGUUAGUUUUGGGUGUAUAUACUGGCGAAGGUGAGCAGGAACCUAAGUUAAGUGUUACUGCCGAGAAGUUUAAUGAUCGGGUCAAUGGUAAAAUUGUACAGCUAGUGCGAGAAUGGAACAUAACGGGUGAUGUAGGUAAAGGAAAAGUGUUUAAUAAUAUAGAUCCAGAAUUUAGAUCUAUUGCAGUCGUUGGUGUAGGUGAACAAAACGUUGGCUUUAAUGAAAUGGAAAUAAUUGACGAGGGGAUGGAGAAUGUUCGUAUAGCAGCAGGUGUAGGUGCACGUAGCUUACAAUAUCACGGAUGUUCUCAUAUAUACAUUGACGACCUUGAAUAUCCUGAACAAGCAGCGGAAGGGGCUUCAUUGGCUAUUUACCGCUAUAAUGAAUAUAAGUUGGAAAAACAUCGCACACUUUCGCCACUUCUACACCUAUACGACUCAUCAGAUGUCGAUGCAUGGACUCGUGGUUUAUUUAAGGCAGAAGCACAGAACUUGGCUCGCCGCCUUACCGACACACCAGCAAAUCGAAUGACGCCAAUGCACUUUGCACAGUCGGCUGUUGACGCCCUCUGCCCCUGCGGUGUGACAGUCGAUGUGCAAAGCAUGGAAUGGAUCGAGCUGCAGCGCCUUAACUCAUUUUUAAUGAUAGCGAAGGGCUCCUGCGAACCACCAGUCUUGUUAGAAAUCAAUUAUUGCGGCACAUCACCAGAGGAUAAGCCCAUACUAUUGUUUGGUAAAGGUAUUACAUUUAAUAGUGGUGGUCUUUGCCUACGUAGUAGACGUGGUAUGGCUGAGUACAGAGGUUCGAUGGCUGGUGCAGCAGUUGUUGUAGCUACCAUCCGAGCCGCAGCAGCCCUGUCUCUUCCCAUCAACGUUACGGGUGUUAUACCACUUUGUGAAAAUACACCAUCCGGUAUGGCAGCCAAACCUGGUGAUGUCGUCGCAUUACUGAAUAGGAAAACAUUAUCUAUGCGUGAUGCUGACAAGGCUGGUGUUGUUGUUAUGGCGGAUCCAAUUCUUUACGCGCAGGCUGCUUAUAAGCCACGUCUAGUUGUUGAUAUAGCCACUUUAAGUAAGGGAGUGGGGCAGGCUUUAGGUGGCUCAGCAACUGGGCUGUUCACUAAUUCUAAUUUCAUCUGGAAGCAGUUCCAAAAAGCUGGAACUAUAACAGGUGACAGAAUGUGGCGUUUGCCGUUGUGGAACUAUUUCAAGAAGCUUGUGACAAAUAACAAGAGCUUCGAUGUGAGCAACGAUGGAACAGGCCCGGCUUCUGCCUGUCUUGCAGCUGCUAUAUUGCAUGAAUUCGUGCCUUGUCUUGAUUGGGUGCAUCUUGACAUACGUGGUGUGGGAAUGCUCACAAAGUUUGGAACUAUGCCCUACUUGUUGAAGGACAGAAUGACUGGACGUCCCACUAGGACAGUUAUACAAUUUCUGUUUCAGAUGGCCUGUCCUGAUACAAAAAAGUGAAACCCUUUACAAGCAACCACACACAAUUAAUAAAAAUUCUCCCUGUCGACACAACUGUUUUUAAUGGAAAAUCGUCGCAGGGCAGUAAACAUCCGUAUGAUGUUUCAAACAUGGGCAAAGAAACAUUCAAAACUUUCAAAAAUCUUCAAAUACGGACAAAAAAAUUU